AUGUCAGUUAAAGAUGAAAUACCAGCUGUGUUUUUAGAAAAAAUCUCACCAAGAGGUCUUGAAGCUAUUCAAAAAACCAAAGAUUUCGUAAAUGAUUAUUGUAUACCAGCUGAUAAAAUUUAUUAUGAACAAAUUUCCACGGAUCCAACAAAAAGAUGGAAGGAAAUCCCACCAAUAAUUGAACAAUUAAAGACAAAAGCUAAAGAAAUAGGAUUAUGGAAUAUGUUUUUAUCAAAACAUUACAAAGAAGGUCCUCAAUAUACUAAUUUAGAAUAUGGUUUAAUGGCUAGAUACUUGGGUAGAUGUCAUGUUGGACCAGAAGCUACAAAUACAAAUGCUCCAGAUACUGGUAAUAUGGAACUACUUGCAAAAUAUGGUACAGAUUAUCAAAAAAACAAGUACUUAAAACCAUUAUUGAAUGGAGAGAUCAGGUCCGCAUUUUUAAUGACGGAAAAGGGAACUUCAUCAUCUAAUGCACUUAACAUUUCAGUGAGUGCUAUAAAAAAUAAUAAAGGUAAUUAUAUUUUGAAUGGAGUCAAAUGGUUUGCAAGCGGUGCGGGCGACGUCCGUUGUAACUUGUGGUUGGUGAUGUGCAAAACCAGUGACGACAAGGAGAAGCCUUACAGAAAUCAUACAGUGCUUGCAAUUGAUGCUAAAAAGGCUUUAGCUUCUGGGAAAGCCAAAUUAAUCAGACCACUCUCAGUUAUAGGUUACGAUGAUGCUCCACAUGGUCAUUGUGAAAUUGAAUUUAACGAUUAUGAAAUACCAUCUGAUGAAAUGCCAAAUGUAGUAUUGGCGGGUGAAGGUAGAGGAUUCGAAUUAAUUCAAUCAAGAUUAGGACCAGGUAGAAUUCAUCAUUGUAUGAGAGCAAUAGGAACUGGAGAAUUUGCAUUAAUGAGAAUUGCUCAUAGAGCUAAUCAUAGAUUAAUAUUUGGUAAACCAAUGAAUCAAAGAGAAAGUUUCUUAUAUAAAUAUGCACAAAGUAAAAUUGAUAUUGAAAGGUGUUUCUUAUUAGUUUUAAAUGCUGCUCACAAAAUAGAUAUCUCAAAUGCAAAACAAGCUCAAAGAGAAAUAGCAAUAGCCAAAAUUGAAACACCAAGAACAAUUAGUGAUAUUCUUGAUUGGGGUAUCCAAGUAUUUGGAGCUGAAGGUGUUUCUCAAGAUACUGAGUUAGCUAGAAUGUAUGCAUUAAAUAGAACUUUAAGAAUUGCUGAUGGUCCAGAUGAAGCUCAUUUAGCUCAAUUAGCAAGAAAUGAAGCUAAAAAAUUUGGAGAAAUUGAUACAUAUUUUGACAAAAUGGAAGUUAAUCAAAAAAAAUUAAAUAAAUUAUAA